CUUUGUUGGUCAUUCUUAACAUAACAGAAAAAUUGUGGCUGCAAGUAAUUCGUCUUAAAGAGAAAAAGCAACAUCGAAACUGUCAAGCGAGGUGAUAAACGCACAAAUUCUCUUCGGAUAAAGCUUGAGGGUUGUUCGCGUGCGGGGCGACUGGAUCGUGUCAGCUUUGGCUACAGGUAACAACGCAUCCUUUAUGCGCGUGCUGGAGGCGGAGGCAGUUUUGGGGUGGGGUGGACCAGAAGAUCCGGUUUCGCCGGGGAAGAAACACGCAGUGGCUCACCGCUUCUCCACACUCUCUCCGCCGCAUGCGCUCCCAUCACACGCGCGCUCUGUGCUGGAGGACACAGUUCGACUACAGAAUGCAGAGGGAUGUGUGAAGACCAGAGCCUGGAGAAGCAUGCAAAAGACUGGGAAUAGAUUAGGAACCACAGACUGGCCAAACACUCAACUUGCUCACAACACAAAUGUGCUAAUAUGUGUUUUAUCAACGCUGGGUCAUGUUGAAAAAAUGAAUAACCAAUAAACAGCCUCCAACUGCUGGAUUAUAGCUAUGCAGAUCUAUUGGCUAAACUUGAUUCAAGGAGAAUUAGUACAUCUGGGAUGCUGAAGAAUGGAGCAACCAUUCCAGACAUUCUCUCAGGGGUCUGUCAUGCUACCUUUGAGAAGAAUGAGCAAUUUUCGCCAGACUGAGAUAUGUGCGUGGUGCUGGUUCAUUUGACUAGACGGAGAUCUAAUAGCUUCUCGAAGUGGCCGUAACUUGACCCAUAAACAAGUAUGUGAAUGAGAAGCCAGGCUGCAGUUUGAAGAAAGGGUAAUUUGGGAAUAGACAGUAGCUCCGAACAGAUGUUGCUUUGUGCGCCGCUGUCGGGGUAUAUGAUAAUUUAGUCGACCAACUAGACGCAAACAGUUCUUUGGUUUUACAGAGUUCAACAAAGGUGAUCAGGUGUUCAGACAUCUCUUGAAUGAUCUUUCGGUCUCCGUUUUAAUGAGUCGCAAAGAUUCCCCAACCUUUUUGAACUACGUCAUCCUACCAGCUUUGUUGUUGAGGUGGCCAGCUGUGAUGCUGCGAAGGGGUCUGUUGGCCUGGCUCUCACGUGUAGGCAUCUUGUUAGUGGUAGUGUGCUGCUGCCUUUCUCUCCUCUAUGUCAUCACCUGCACCCCCCACGUGGAUGAACCCUUGGCGGGGCAACCCCUUCCCAGAGGUGGAGGUUUGGGGAUGGCGGGUGGUCCGAGCAGACCGGGUGGAGUUGGAGGUGGCCCCAUCGGUCCUGUCGGACGAGAAGGGUUCCAUGCCCUACUACAAGAGCGAGAAGAACAACACCGGCAGCAUAUUGCCAGCUUAAAGAAGCAAAUCGCUCAACUUAAAGAAGCUCUCCAAGAACGCAGCGAACAGCUUAAGGGCAUGCAGAACUCUUUGGAGAAGACAGCCGGCAAGGUCGUGGUGGUGGAAGAUCACAGUCGCAACGACCUGCAGGAGUUCCUGCGCAGUCAGCUGAACAGGGCUGAGGCUCACGCCGGUGUACGGCUUCCAAGCGAGUACGCUGUGGUGCCCUUCGAGAGCUUUACCCUACAGCGAGUCUACCAGCUCGAGAUGGGGUUGACAAGACACCCAGAGGAGAAGCCCGUGCGGAAGGACCGCAGGGACGAGCUGGCUGAGGUGGUGGAGAGUGCGCUACACGCUCUAAAUGUGCCAAGUCGGGCAGGAGAAAAAACAAAAGCGUCCAAAGUCUACACACCGUCAGACUUUGUAGAAGGGAUCACACGAACCGAGAAGGACAAGGGCACGCUGUAUGAACUGACCUUCCGCGGUGAACAGAAGCAAGAGUUUCGCAGGCUGGUUCUCUUCCGGCCCUUCGGCCCACUCAUGAAAGUGAAGAGUGAGCUCGUGGAGACGACCAACAUGCCCAUUAACAUCGUGGUGCCUUUGUCCCAAAGAGCCGACAAAUUCAGACAGUUUAUGCACAACUUCAGGGAGGUGUGCGUGAAGCAGGACGGGCGGGUGCACCUUACCGUGGUUUACUUUGGAAAGGACCAGAUAAAUGAAGUCAAGGGAACUUUGGAGAACACAUCGAGGGAGAUGAACUUCCGUAACUUCACCCUGAUUCAGCUGAAUGAGGAGUUUUCUAGAGGUCGAGGUCUGGACGUGGGAGCCCGAGCUUGGAAGGGAGGCAAUGUCCUGCUCUUCUUCUGUGAUGUGGACAUCUUCUUCACAGCCGACUUCCUAAACACAUGUCGUCUGAAUGCCCAACCUGGAAAGAAAGUGUUUUACCCAGUUCUCUUCAGUCAGUACAAUCCGGCUGUAAUCUACGGCAGCCACAUUCCCCCUGUGGAACAGCAGCUGAUUAUUAAGAAAGACACUGGCUUCUGGAGGGACUUUGGCUUUGGGAUGACCUGUCAAUACAGAUCAGACUUUAUCAAUAUAGGUGGUUUUGACGUGGACAUUAAAGGCUGGGGCGGUGAGGACGUCCACCUGUACAGGAAAUACCUCCACAGUAAUCUACUGGUUGUACGUACACCAUCCCGCGGCCUCUUCCAUCUGUGGCACGAGAAGAGAUGUGCCGAUGAGUUGCCUCCAGACCAGUACAAGAUGUGCAUGCAGUCGAAAGCAAUGAACGAGGCCUCGCAUGGACAGCUUGGCAUGCUGUUGUUCCGGCAUGAGAUCGAGGCGCACCUCCGAAAACAGAAACAGCGAAGCGGAGCCAAAAAAGCUUGAAGCAUGUUACCUCUCACGUUGUAUUUGUAAAACGCAAACUCGCGGUUACGGGAAGAGUUCACCCAGAAAGCCAUCUUUUGGCAUGGUUAACUAACUGUAUUCCAAACCAAUGAGUCAUUUUUCACAGGCUGUACAUUUCCUGGGCAAGGUUUUCCAUGUGAUGAACGCAUAGUUCUUGAAAAACUCUGGUGUCAUUCAAAACCUGUACAUGACCUUUUCUUCUGUGGAACACAAAAGAAGACAUCUUGAAAAAUGUCUCCGUGGUUUUGUAUCCAUACAAUGGAUGUAAAUGGGCCCCACAAGUUUUCAAAAAAAAAUUUGCAGGGGAAAGAAAGUUAUACAGGUUUGAAGGUGUAAAUAACAAAAUAAUUUUUAUUUAUUGGGUGAAAUGUCCCUUUAAAUGAAAGAAGAAAAUUGCAAGCACAAAGCAUUGGGUGGCUUUAGAAGACUUGGAUUGUAGUGCACAAUCAUCAACAUUUUGACACUUUUUAAUCAUUUUUGGAUUUGACAUCCCCAUUCUCUUUUAACCCUUUAGAAAUAGUGCAAAUGCACUUUGAAUUAAAAAUGUGCCUUUUGUGAUCCAUGGGAGAACCUAAGUUAUGCAGGUUUCCUAUAAGGAUAAAUAAUGAGUAAAUAAUAACAGGAUUUUCAUUUUGGGUGAACUGUCCCUUUAAAUCAUAGUUUUAGUAUGACUGCACGAACGCACACAGACACGCAAACCCAAACACUGAGAUAACUCCGUGACGCCACACAAACAGAGCAACAGACAAGACAUUCCCUGUAGAUAACAUAGUCAAGCGUCUGCGUGCAGAAUAUGACCUUCAAGUCUGCACAUUGUCUUUUGAGUGUUAUUAAAUGAUCCGCAGUAUUAUCCAGAUACAGCACAUGAUGUAGUCUCUAAUGCACAUGAUACACUUCAGAGAGAAAUCUCACAUCAUCGGCAGGUUUUAUGCUGAUAAUCUUUGAUACAUUACUGUUGAUACUGAAAUUAAGACACAACUGGUAUAAAUGGAAAAGGAGAGACUUGAGGCGAGAGUGUUGGUACAUUUAGUUUCAACAUGUGUAACUGUUUCAACAGUUUUAACUUAUUCAAACAUUCAUUUAAAUUUACCUAAACAUUAUUUUAUGGUAAUAAUUUAUACAUGCCACCUCCCUUAUUCUUUUAAAGAAUUGUAAUAAAAUAUUUUAAUUCAUUUACUUAAAGCAAAUAAAAUUGGAAACAAUUUGACAACAAAUGCAGAAAUCAUACAUGUGUGUGUUACGAUCAUUAUUGUAUUGUUUACACAUUUAGUAUGUUAAGUGUUACAAAAUUCUCUGGUCUCGUCCUACCUCAGGCUAAAAUAUCAUUUUUUUAUUGGGUGCAAAUACACUAUCAAGCAAAAGUAAGAAUGUAAUUUUUCCAUUUAUAUUAUGUUGGUAUGUCUUAAAUGCCUAAGGCGUUUAUACAGUUGCAGGAAAACAUGUCCUGGACGUUUUUGGUCUAUUAACAUUGAAUAUGGGAUUUAUACAUUAUGGGUGGCAAGCGAGAUAUAUAUAGAACAUGCCUGAUUGCUUAUUGUCAUGUAGCCUAAUAGUUGGGAAAGGCCUAACUUGUUAAAUAUGAACAGUUUACUUAUGGAUCAGUAAGAAACAAUAAAGGGCGUCAAGUGUGUAUAUAGAUGUGACAAACUGAUCUAACAGCUAUAUGACGAGUGGUUUGAAGAACUACAAUUUGAUUCCCCAUUUUGAUUUAUUGAUGAUAUGGUGCCACUUAGUGGUUACAUUUAUUAUUACAAUCAUUUGUGACCGAAUGGUCUUGCAGGGACAGUGAACAUCACUAUACAGCAAUACAACAGUAAUACUAUAAUAUAACACAAAAUAAUUCAGUUUAUAACUGGUUGAUAAGCGUUGAUUCUUUAAGUUUAAUGUUUGAUUCAUUUUGUAAACAUUUUGAAUGACAAAGAUGUGUACUUGUAGGAGGGAUUGUUUGGACUACACUUGUAAACACUCAUAUGUUCAUAACUUUCACUCCAAAUGAAUCUUUUAUGAUGACCAAACUCUUUAAAUGUUUUUUGAAGUUCUGGUACAAGCCUGCUGUCAGAUAAAAAUCAAGCACACACUGUUUUUCACCCUAGAUCAAUGUAGAAUAGUUGUAGAAAGAAUUAUUUAUUGGGGUACACCAAUGACCCUUUUCACGCCUCAAACGUCAAGGAUAUCUGUCUAUUAAUAUUCCAAUUAAAUAUUUUCAGGCAAUUUAGCUGAGAUUUAUUGUAAAUUUUACGAACAAAAUAAAGUGAAGUAUAAAAGUAUGACA